GCUCGAAGCUCCAGGGGGGUGGGGGGGGGCCUGCGCCCAAGGCGCAUGCAGGCGGCCGCCAUCGACGGCUGGGCCGGGGCCCGGCCAGGGGACAGGGGAGCGGCUCGCGGCGCAGACGUCCCCUCCAACGCAGCCCAAGGCGCCGCCGCGCCGACGGCGCGAUGCUCGGGCGCUCGCGCGAGCUGAUGGCGCGGUGGCCCAGGCUAACCAACGUCGCGGUCUCCGCUGGGCUGAGCGGCGUUGCGGACGCCAAUUGCCAGGCGCUCGAGGCGCACGCGAGGCGGGCCGCCCCGGGCGGCGGGGAGGAGCCCCUGGAGGAGCGGGCACACUCCACGGGAUCCGGCGCUGGACGACGAUGGUCGCGUGGGGCGGUUUGCUCGGCGUCGCGCUCCCGCCUUGGUACAGGCGGCUGGACGUGUGGUUCGGGCCGGGCAUGAACCCGCUGAAGCUGCUCUUCCACCAGUUCAUGAUGUCCCCCAUCUUCAACACCUGCUUCCUCUCGUACAUAGAGACCAUGCGAGAGCUGCCGCUGGACACGGCGCCGCAGAGGGUGCAGCGACGCCUGGAGGCGGACCUAGUCCCGCUCACCAGCCGGAGCUUCCCCUUCUGGAUCGUCGUGAACACGAUGAAUUUGUACUGCAUCCCCCAGCAGCUCCGGACAGUGACGAUGAGCUGCGUCAACUGCGGCUGGACAGCGAAGCACCUUCCGUCGUGACUUCUUCACGGCGCGAGGCGGUCUGGAUUGGGCCAGGGGCACCCUUGGCAACCCCCGGACCGUGUACCUGUCCUGGCUGGCGCACCAGUGACGGGCCGCCCCCUGCUCGGGGGCAACGAUACGGGGGGGUAGGCACAGGGGGGGACGCAUCGACCCCCAAUCGCCAACUGAUCGCCGAUAGGGGCCCGAUAGCCCCAGCCUGCCCAGGAAGGUGCGGAUUCGCUAUCGGGGGCCUAUCGCCGAUCUAUCGGCGAUGCAUCGCCGAUUGCAGGUCGAUGUUCACCCCCUAAUGCCAGUCCCCCCCCUAUCGUUGCAUUAGGACGGGCAUGUCCUCGUACAGGCGGAUAUUGGAGGACAAGUGAAAAAGAGCCAAACCAUAUGCAAAAAUAGUCAAAAAUAGUUUUUAUUAGUUUUGAUUUCUCGUCGGCCUUCGCGAGCCUGAACAGAACUUACCUGAGCAAAGUGUUAGAGCGUUUCAAAAUUCCUCUCGGAUACAGGCAUGCUAUUGCCGAAUUAUUUUCCAGCAUGGUAGGAUAUGUCAAAGUAGGAGGCAAACGCGUGAGUGAGAUCCCAAUCCUCUCGGGCGUUGCCCAGGGAUGCCCUCUCAGUGGCACGUUGUGGGCGCUUGGACUCGACCCCUUCCUUCGCCUCCUCUC